AUGAAUCCGAGAGAUCCUCUCGCGUACAAAGACGCCAUUUUUUUUUCUGGCCACAAGUUUUUGGGUGGUCCGGGAUCUCCCGGUGUACUGAUCGUGAAAAAGAAUCUUAUGCAAAACGAAGUGCCGACGACAGAUGGAGAUGAGACCGUGCUCUUAGUGACUGAAAAAGCUCAAAACAAGUUAAGUGACAUUGUCUUGCGCGAGGAAGGAGGUGCGCCAGAUAUUUUGGGCAGUAUUCGACUGGGUCUAGCUUUUCGGCUGAAACAACGUGUCGGAGCUAACACGAUUAUGGCAUUGGAACGUCGUCACGCGCAGCACGUUCGUGAAGCGUUAGUCAGAAACUCGAACAUCGUGCUGCUUGGUCGCCAUACAUACAACAUGGACCAGUUGCCAAUCUUUUCAAUGAUGAUUCGCUUUGAUGACCGUUUUCUACACCAUAACUUCGUGUGUGCAUUGCUGAACGAUCUUUUUGGUAUACAAGCUCGUGGCGGCUGUCAAUGUGCCGGUCCGUACGCAGCUCGUAUGCUUGGACUGAAUAUAAAGCAUACAAUUGCGCUAGAACACGCUUUUACGGAAGAAGAUGAAGUUAUUAAGCCGGGUGUCGUUCGAAUGAGUUUUCCGUACUUUGCUGACGAUGCCGAAGUUGAGUACAUUCUUGAUGCAGUGAGAUUCAUAGCCGAAGAAGGAUGGAAAUUUCUACCACAGUAUGAGCUAGACGUCCGUUCAGCUGAAUGGCACCAUAUUUCGCGUAGCACGGCUUACUCGUUAGCAAAGAAAAGUCUAUCAGAUCUGCAGUUCUUUAGUGAAAAUGCAGCUAGUUCGUCACCACAACAUCAACCCACCAUUCACUGCAUCGCAACUCAUCGUCGGGAAAACCUCGAGCAGGCCGCACUUCAAGCAGAUAUUUGUAUUAAAGAGGCAGCGUUGCUUCCUAACUUUCCGGAGGGUCAAAAGGUGUAUAAAAAGCACGAGUGGCUGCGUUGGUUUGUCUAUCCGUAUGAAGCUGUUGCGAAGUACAAAAUGGGUGUUGACAAGGUGUCGCCCACGGAGAAGAUUACAGGGCCAUGUCAACCGCAAUUGUACAUGGAGGACGCUACGAAUCACAUUUGGGAUGGCAUGCCGUCUAUGUCCAAGCUGAAAAGAAGUCGCUUGGAGCGGCUGAUGCUGCUAUUACCAACCUACUGA